AGAAGGAGUGGAGGCAAGAGUCUGCCCAAACAGCAGCCUCACUCACACCUGGGGACCCGAAGUAGCUGCGUUCAGCUGAGAGCUGAAUUAGUUUACAUCGAUGCUGUAGAGAGUCAUCUCUUACAGAAGGUGCCAGCACAAUGUUGGGAUUAAAUAAGGUGGCACUCCUGCUGUCUUUCCUGGCCUCGGUGGCUGUGGGCCAAGGAUCUGUGAGGACCGAGAGCCAGUCAGACAAGCGCAGGAGAGUGGCCUUCAACACGUACACUGACUCAGCGACAACAGGCGUGACUGAGUGGACAUCUUGGUUCAACAUUGACCAUCCUGGGGGAAAUGGAGACUAUGAGCGUCUGGAGGCGAUCCGUUUCUAUUACAGAGAGAGAAUCUGUGCACGGCCUACAGCCAUGGAAGCUCGUACUACAGACUGGGUGGCAGCAGCAGAUACAGGGGAAGUGGUCCAUUCUAGUCUGGAGAAAGGAUUCUGGUGCAUCAACAAAGAACAACCACACGGCCGCAUUUGUUCUAACUACCAUGUUCGCUUCCAGUGCCCCCCAGUGCAGAGCUACUGGACUGACUGGAGUGAGUGGGGUCCUUGUUCAACCACUGUUUGUAAUGAUGUGGGUGUCCAAGUCCGCCGGAGGAAAUGUGUGAGCGCUCAGGCCAUGCCUCUGCUGUUGGUGCCAGCAUGUCAGGGUCACCAUUCAGAGAGGAGAGAGUGCACCACCCCUCCAUGCACAGCUAACUGGAGUCCAUGGGGUCGCUGGGGAUCAUGUUCAGUGACCUGUGGUGGAGGUCGUAGGAUUAGGAGAAGGACAUGUGUAAGGACUUCAGCGACAGUACAGUGUGUGGGACGGCCUGUUGAAAUCCAGAAAUGUGGAAAGAGUCCAUGCCCAGCCAAAUGCCAGUAUGUGUGCACUGAAGGCCAUCCCAGCGAAGACUGCAGUCACUGCGUGUGCAAAGGCCACGUGCUGCAUGGAGAUGUCCACAGUGUGACUGGUGUCCCUGUGGCAGGAGCCUUUGUGUCGCUAGCCAGCCAUCCUAAGGUCAUCCGUGCCCAUACAGAUGCCAAGGGUCACUUCAGGAUCUUAGGAAUCUGCUCCUCCAGCUCAACUCUAAUCACCAUCAAGAAGGAAAAGUUUGCCCCUAUCACUGUCUCCACUUCCAGUAACACCACAGGCGUGUCCUGGGCACAGGCUGUUCUCAGAUCAGCUGAAAAGCCAUACAUUGUGACGCACCCAGAGGACAAAGUGCGUUAUGAGGGAGGACGGGUGCUGUUAUGCUGCAAGGCAACAGGAUCACCAACACCUGACAAAUACUACUGGUAUCACAAUGGGACUCUGUUGGAGAGGAAGGUGUACAAAUAUGACGAGGACCUUGUACUGCGAGAUCUGAAGCCAGAGCAGGCAGGACAGUAUUACUGCAAAGCCAGCAGCCCUGCAGGAAGCAUCAAAUCCUCCCCCGCUUUCCUUGCUGUAAUUGAGAAAGGAACACCAGCAUGCAAUUCUACCCCUGAAACACAUCUCAUCAGACUACCCAUGGACUGUGUUCAACCUGGGACCAACUCCAAGUACUACAAUGCUGGCCGCUGCCCGCACAACAAAUGUGCUGGUUCCCUAGACUUUGAUAUGCGUUGCAGAGAUGGAGCUGGAUUCUGCUGCGGAAUUAAAAAUAUGGAAAGUCGAAUUAUUGACUGUGGUAGCUACAGCCUCCCCAUCCGUGCUGUGACACAGUGUGGUUGUCAGAAGUGUGUGCAGCCGACUGUGUUGGUUCGUGGUCGAGUAGUUACAGCUGACAAUGAUGAGCCUCUGCGUUUUGGGCACAUCUACAUUGGUAAAGAGAGAGUGGGUACCACUGGAUACCAAGGAGGCUUCACGUUACAGAUUACCCCUGACACACAGAGAUUAGUAGUAAAUUUUGUCGAUCCUGCUCAAAAGGUUAUUGACACUCCUAAGGUUUUCAUCUUUGACAAGAAAGGUGGAUCUAUUUACCACAAUGUUAAAGUGAUGAGAAAGCAACCACCGAUUGAUAUCAAUGCAGGAGAGAUCAAUUCUAUUAACCUUGGAGAAAUUAAAGGUGAAGAUCCUAUAGGGCAGUUAGUCAUUCCACCUAAUUCUUUCCAUAAGGAUAAUGGAGAGAUCUACGAGGGGACUGUCAAAGCCAGUGUCACAUUCAUCGACCCAAGAAACAUCACUACAGCAGCAGCGACCCCUGGCGACCUUAACUUUGUGGAUGAUGAAGGUGACAUGCUCCCUUUGAGGACCUAUGGCAUGUUCUCUGUGGACUUCAGAGAUGAAACCAACAAGGAGGUACUUGGAGCUGGAGCAGUCCAAGUCCUCCUGGACACACAGCAUGUCAAAAUGCAAGAGCACAUACCCCAAAUGAAACUGUGGUCUUUAAAUCCAGACACAGGAGUCUGGGAAGAGGAGAGUGACUUUUCCUACAGCACGCCAACUACCGGUGGUCAUGGAAGGAACAAGCGCGAAGAGCGGACAUUCCUUAUAGGCAACAUGGAAAUCAGAGAACGGAGACUCUUCAAUUUAGACGUACCUGAAAAUCGACGCUGCUAUGUCAAAGUUCGUGCCUACAUGAGCGACAAGUUCCUACCUAAUGAACAGCUGGAGGGUGUUGUAAUUAGCUUGAUAAACUUGGAACCCAAGCCUGGUUAUUCUUCUAAUCCCAGGGCAUGGGGCCGCUUUGACAGUGUCAUAACAGGACCCAAUGGGGCCUGUUUACCAGCUUUCUGUGAUGCCCAGAGGCCUGAUGCUUACACAGCUUAUGUCACAGCAAUGCUGGGUGGGGAGGAAUUGGAGGCAGCUCCUUCCUCCCCAAAGAUGAAUCCAAACAUUAUUGGAGUCUCUCAGCCCUAUCUAGAUAAAAUAGACUACCAGCGUUCAGACCAUGAGGAUCCAGCAUUAAAGAAAACAGCCUUCAAAAUCAACUUAGCAAAGCCCAAUCAAAACAAUUUCGAUGAGACCAAUGGGCCAAUAUAUCCAUAUCAGAAUUUAAUAGCUUGUGAAAAUGCCCCUGUUGAUGCUAAUCAUUUCAGGUUUUUUAGAGUAGAAAAGGACAAGUACGAAUACAACGUUGUUCCCUUUGAGGAGAAUGAUUUGACAACCUGGACAGGAGACUACCUGUCCUGGUGGCCUAAUCCCCAAGAGUUUAGGGCAUGCUUCAUCAAGGUCAAAAUUCUUGGACAGAAAGAAGUGAUGGUCAGGUCAAGGAAUCUGGGUGGAACACACCGACAGACAAAGGGCCAGCUUUAUGGAAUUAGAGACAUUCGCAGCACUCGGGAUAUGCGAGAAGCCAAUACCUCAGCAGCAUGUGUCGAGUUCAAAUGCAGUGGCAUGUUGUUUGACCAAGCUGAGGUGGAUCGGUCCCUCAUAACAAUCCUUCCACAAGGCAACUGCCGCAGAAUCAAUACCAACAACCUCCUACAAGAGUAUCUCAUUAAACAUCCACCAGUGGCUCAAAACAAUGAGUCUCAUGGGUUCACCAUGUUAGCACCCGUUGACCCUUUAGGACACAACUAUGGUAUUUACACAGUCACAGACCAGAAUCCUAGAGUGGCCAAGGAGAUUGCUAUUGGGCGUUGCUUUGAUGGCACCUCAGAUGGUUUCUCCAGAGAGAUGAAGUCAGAUUCUGGAGUUGCACUGACCUUCAGUUGUCCAGAGAGGAAAAUUAACAGGGAAAGCCUGUUCCAGCGUCUGCAGACCAACCCAGGUCAAACUUUGUCUCAGAUGGCGAGGGACAUGAGGGAGUCUGAGGGGCUGCAGGUGCAGAGAUCUUCCACCCAGGUGGUGGCUUAUCCUUCAGAGCAACGAGGAAGCACCCAGAAUCGCAGAGUCACCUCAACAACCAGGAGGAGAGUAUCCACGCGCAUGCAGCAACGCCAAUAGAAAUGACAAAAAGUCUUCAGCUGAGGCCCAUACGAUGGCAUCAAAUUCAGAAGAUUGUCUGUCUGGUAAUGAGUGUGAAUUCCCCCUUGACUAUGAAAAUCACAAACCGGAGACAAACAGCAGUUCAGCAAAAUCAUCAAGUCUGAUGCUUACUUGAAGGAUUUGGUAUAUUAAUUUCUCCCUUCUGUGGUAAAAGACAAGUAUCAUUUGUCUUUAUGUAACUCUGUGACCGACCGAAAUGGCUUUGCUCUUAUUUUAUGAAUGAAUAAACUAAAUUGAUGGUUGAGAUUGGAACGUUUAUAGAUCUAAUUUGUGGCAUUCCACUUCCAUAGUGAGCGUUUUUGCUGACACGUCUGAAUGCUUGAGUUGAAACCAGAAAUUUAAAAACUAUAAAUACUAUGGUAAACCCCUAACACUUGGUAAUUGGCCAUUGCUUUCCACUGAACUCAUGCUUUUCCUCACGAUCAGAGAGAAACCAACAUGAGGUCCUUGUUGUCUGCAGUAGACACUGAACCCUUUUUAUACAAACUGAAAAACUGUCCAAGAAGGGGAGGAACAUGCAAAAGAGACAGUGGGGUGAGGCAUGCCACCCAGGGAACAGAGGAUGUUUUCAGUCAUGCUUCUCAGUUUUUCAUUAGUGUGCCAUAUUGCCAACUGUGAUUCAGACAGACAUUCUUCCACACUUACUUAAAAUGUGCAAGACUGAGGUUGUCGCCAAGACAAGCAGGGACCUUACUUGUAGCCGACAGUUCAAAAUAAAGAUAAUUGUUUUUGGAGGCAUGACAUAAUUUCCUUUCCCCCUCUGCACAUUCCACAUUAGAACAUCACCAAACAAAGUGUUACUUAUAAUAAUCUAUUCCUCAAUAUUUCACUUUCUCGGUAAGAAGCUCUUUCAGGGUCUAAAUGAACUUUAUUUUUGUUGUUGGGCAAAGUGUUUGCAAGCUGCCUUUAUAUUUUGAAGUGCAAUAAGUAUCAUUAAACUUGAGAAGUAUUAAAAUUCAGCAUGUUUCAAUCAGUACAUGAAAAGUGCUGCUGGUGAAUUAAAUAACUUUCAUGUUGCAUGUUGUGUGGCUAAAGUAUUUGUACCAGAUCUUGCACAAGAAUCUUAUUGUUAAUGUUGCUGUGUGAUUUUCAGCAAAUAACUCUGUUGUGUAACUCUCCUCUGACUCUUGAAGCCUUUUUUUUUUUUCAUUCUUUGUAGCACGACUCAGCUGAUUUUCCAAUAACCUUUUUGACUUCAGUUUGCAAUCUUGUUAUUAGGACACAAAACUCUCAGUGGAGCCUUUUCUCCAUUAAUGAAACGUGAUUUUUUUUAAGCAUGUGAGUUCAGAAGUGACGCAGCUUUGUUUACUGGUCAGGUUUUUAUUAAUCCUGCCCAGUAAGUAUGAAUAGCAAUGUAAAUAAGUGUAGACUAUACAGCCCUAUAAAUAUGGAAAUAGAUAUAUUAAAUGACAGUUUGGCUAUUUUAACUGAACUCAGUAAUUGGCAUGAAGUAUACUCGGCGAUAAAAUCUCUUGUUUAUCUGCAAUAUGGGCUUUUGCAGACCCAUGGGAGAAUCUCUUCAAGCUGAACUAAUCCAAAAAUGAAUAAGGGGCACCAUGGACCUUGGAGAAACCAGAAGAGGCUGACAAGUAAAUAUAAGCCUGCUGCUAAUUAGAAAAUAAAUUACACAUUCUCUUGAGGACUGUAAAAACAGUUCAACUUUCACAAACAACCAAACUUAACUCAAAUAAUCAGCAAUAAAUUGGGCACAAGAGUAUUAUGGACACAUAUUUACUUUGAAAUUGCUCCCGAGCUCUGUGUACAGUUAACAUCUGAUUUUUUUUUAAAGCUUAGUUCAUUUAUGGCAUUAUAUCUUUCAUUUGAUAGUUUGAUAGAUGCUGUAAAUGGUGCCAUUGCAAACUUGUGUGAAUCUUUCCAUGUAGAGCACACACCAGGAUAUCACUCCAGUGAUCUAUAGAGUGGCAGUCUGUGCAACCUUCCGCAUUAUCAUUGACCUCUCUAAUCGCAGGCCUGUGGGCUGUCUGUGAAUAAACAGUUCAGAUGUUCAGUUGAAAACAAACAUCUCCCAGCAGCAGAUACAGCAUCCACCCUGUAAGAAAGAUGAUGAUUGAAUCCAGGUGUGGGAAGAGAUAAGUCCUAUAAAAUGCAAUAGUUUGUGAGGUCAGCUGAAAAGGCCCAACAGAUGUAGAGCAACUAAAGGAAAUGUUAGACCAAAGACAUCAGAAGGAGGAGAAGCAAGAUUAUCUAGUGAUGGGUUUAAUCAUUUCAGGGUAUGGUCUGAAUAGGAAAAAAGAGGAAGGGAAAAUAUUAGUGGUCUUUGGCCUCAUAGUCCAUCACUUACAAAAUCUUGAGCUUUGAAAGUGGUUGCACAUGGAAGAAUGCAGAUUUUCUUCAGGGAAUGCUUUGACAGGAGAAUUGGCUUAUUCAUGAGAAGAAGUUAUCAGGAGAGUUUGAAGGACAAGGUAACAAUAAUAGCCUGAGUAAACCAUUAUGUAAGGCUUUGCAUGGAAAAAUAAGCUGUGCUCUCCAAACAGCCACUUUGUCUUUAGGGAACUUCAAAGGAGAUUAAAGAAACUCUGUAAUGUUUGGUUUAAUCACUCAAGAAAAAGUUUCCAGAGUCUUUAAAAUCAAAUAAAGACAGUUAAAGCCUGAAUCCACCAGAUAAAAGACGAUGAAAAUAUUCCUUUUUAAUGAAAAGAAAAUGUUUGUCUCAUUGACUCACUGGCAGUCGUACUAGCAACCCUUUACUUCAUUCAGAGUCAGUAUCACAUAUAUUUGAUGUAUUUUUGUUUUAUACAUCUAAAUAAACUGCUUGACAUCUGGAGUUAACUGGGUGCUGGCUGUAAUUUUAUGUUUAACCCAUCAAAGUAAGGGUGCCAUCAAUAAUAUCAUCUCCAAACUCUGGCAAAGAGGAGAAUGAGCAUUAUUCUUACAAUAGGGAACUAAUGUCUAAAGCUAUUGUAGUGCUAUUGUAUAGCUACAGCUGUGCUGAAUUCUAGAGUGGUUGAAAAUUGGGUAUUUUCACAUGUAUUUUAAUUCAUUUGGCAAUUUUUUUUUUUUUGUGGCAACUGAUAUUUGAAAAAAAUAAUCUGAGAAGUUGAUUUCUAUUCAAAAUACGUGACCUGAGUUUGCCUCUGUCAUAGAAAUGUUUCUGCCAAACCUUGACUUUAAAGUGGAAAAGCACAAGUCUCUGAAUCCACCAGAAACCAUCCACAAUUUAUCAGUAACUUAAGCAUGAACGGACAUAUCCAUUUUCUCUUCUGUACAGUCCAGCAGGGUCUCAGGGUGAUCAUAAUUUAUUCACAAGACGGUCAACCUUACACCUUUCCACCAUUUUCCGGAGUAUGUGGAGAGGUGCAUAUUUGCCACUGUGCCCCAGGAAGCAAUCCUGAGUAGUAAAAGAAUUACAUAAAUCAACUCUUGAUAAUAUGCUGUAAUGCUAGCUAUUGCAUGGAGAUGCAGAAUGCUUUAUUUCUCUCUGAAUUAAGUUUUUAUGUGUAAAUUGUGUAUUGUAUUAAAUUUGGUAUAAAUGUAUGAACAAAAAACUGUAAAUAAAUGAUUUUGUGUAAACAUUUUGGCUGAU